UUCUUGGAAUCAAUUUUUAUUUGCAAUUUUUCUUAACAAGACGGAUUUGCCAUAAAAUUUCGUUAUUAUUCUGUCUAUUUUUCAUUGCUAUUCGUCCUAAAGACAGCCAAAUUAUUACUAUUAUUUUGUCAUUAUCUAUAUUAUUUUCGUAAACAUUUUUUAUCUAGCAUAUGGGGCAUCCUUCAUGGAUGAUUGUUUCCUUCUUAACUGAACUUCUUAGUUCAUACGGCGGUUUUGGAAAGUUGCCACCAAGCCACAAUCUACUUAAUCUCCGACCAUCUUGUGCUAAUGAUACCGAGGUGAUUGAUAAUCUUCUCAAGGAUUCUUAUAAUAAGGUAUUUUCACUUACUUGUUGAUCCUUUGUCUUUUUCAACUCAGUCAAAUCUUCAUCAAAUAUUUUUACUUUUUAUAUUCAUUUUUCAGCAUUAUAUUC